AUGGAUGUCCGUCCCCUUCGUGAUACCCUUCGAAAAUGUAGAAACAGAGAAAAUGAAACACCUGAUCAAUGGCAACAACGUCUGGAACGUGAUAGAAUGUCUAAACGUAUUAAAAGAGCGAGUGAAAAUGCCCAACAACGUGAGAAGCGACUGAGUAAUAAUCGUGUUCCAACUAGAUCGUCGCGGGAUAAUGAUGGAAAUAAUUGUGUCUCCCAUUUUGAUUACCCAAUCAAUGGAGACUUCAUACUGGGAGUAACCUUUUACAGUACCAUCAAAAAUGGACGCCACACCAUAUAUAAUCGCGGAAAUAAAUUCACAGCGGGUGGCCUCAUUCGCGCUAGUGAUGGGGAAGCCUUAUGCAUUCUUAAAAAAUCCUCAAUCACACUGUUCCUGAUCUCUUCCGGAGUUGCUGUAUGA